AUGGCGAACAAAAACAAAGGCAAGUCUAUCGAGUCAUCAGACUCCAUUGAUGAUUAUAAUAAACGACUUGUACCCAACAUUUCAUUAGAUAUAUUGACAGAGAGCCUAGGAUUUGAGAGCUUUAACGAGAAAUCAAAAUGCAUUUUCGAUGAAAUAGUAGAGGCAGCGGAACGAAGAUCAAGAUCAAGAUCAAAUACAAAUGCCAAAGAGGAAAUAAAAUCUACUACUAAUGCAGCAGUUAGAGAUUUCCCGCCACUUCUAUCAAGUUUGUAUGAGAGUGGACGGCCCAGAUUUAAUCUAGAAAAAGUGCGGGAAAACGGACGGUUACAGAUUUCAAGCGUGAAAAACACUCGUCCGGAGGUUAUUGUUGAACGUACACCUCCAGGUGCAGAUCAUGAAGAAAGUGAUGGCCGAGUCAGAAUAAAGUUCAUCGAUGGAAAAACAGAUUGUUCUUCUUCUUCUUCUUCUUCUGGUAAGGAGGAAUAAUAAUACAAGAACAGUAGAAACAAGAAAAAUCUUGAAAAUGGCAGUUAUAGUGAAUAUUUGUGUUGAUAUAGUGAUAGAACUGAUAGUGAGGGUAGUUUAGUAAUUUCGUUCUAUUUGGAUCCUGCAUGAAGAAUAAAUGUAAAUGUGUGUGGCAUGCAAAAGAAAAAAAAAUCAAAAAGAUUUUAUGGCGA